AUGAUCUUCAAGAUCCUUUGCGUUUCGCUGUGCGUGGCGUUGCUUGCCAGCCAGGCUCAUGGUUUCAACGAGUAUGUAGCGUACAAGAAAGACCUGUCGUUCUUCAAGGCGUGGCAAACCUGUCGCCUGCAAGGUGGAAAUAUAGCAUCGAUCACAUCUGACGCAGAGAACGAUCGUGUGAAGGCGGCGAUAACGGCAAAAGGAUCACUAUCCGACAAAUGGUACAUCGGUGCGACGGAUAUUGGCUACGAGGGUCGUUUCUUUUGGAUUGGAUUGAACAUGGAACUGUUAUCAACUUCGUAUGCCAACUACGACACGGGUAAACCUAGUGCCUCUUCAGGCAGCGAUGAUUGCCUGGUGAUGUCAACCGGUGGCAAGUGGAGCGAUGUCGGAUGCGAUGGAGUUACCGGAUACGUGUGCGCGUACAAAAGCAUCCACUAA